AUGCAACGUAGUUACGCAAUCUAUACAACUAAUUUCUAUUUUAACGAGGAAGUUCGGGAGGAGUACCGGCAAAGGCAUAACGGUUAUGACAACUCAGUCCAAUUGAACGAUAUUGCAUUUGCGAUUCAUGCCUUAGCAUUAACACUAGUUACCUGGUCUCAAACUUUUUACUACCACCGAGGUCCCGGGCAAACAUUAUCGACCUUUAACGGAGUUACAAUCGCAUUUAUGGUGAUAUUCAUUGGGACUGAUCUCGGAAGGGUGGCAAUUCACCAAGCUCGUUUGAUUGACGUUCUUUACCAUCUUGGCACGUUUAAGCUCUACGUGAGCAUUGCAAAGUACAUCCCUCAGGCCUUUUCAAACUUUAACCGGAAAUCUACCGAAGGAUGGAGCAUAGGAAACGUGGUCUUGGAUUUCACUGGUGGAGUAUUGUCACUAUUGCAACUUCUGAUAGAUUCAUUUGCACUGGAUGAUUGGUCAUCUAUUACCGGCAACCCAGUCAAAUUCGCUGUUGGUAUUGGUUUUUCCUUUCGCCAUUUCACCUCUUCCGUUCCUCAAGCUAGUCUUGUCAACAUGACGACACUCCCUACAUUUAUUGAGCUUUUGGCAUCCCUGGGUCUGGAUGAGAAAGGCUCUCCCCCGCAACGUCAUGGGUCACCUCCCUCUUUGAGAAGUUCUUCUAGUAGCCCUAAUACUAUUGAAUGCGCACGAUCCUCGCCUCCAUCUCGAGAACACUCACUUGGCAGCUCACCUGCGAUCGUCAUUGAUGCUCCCGAUUCUGUUAAGGUUCGCUCAUUGGGUCCUUCUUUCGGAGUCGGGGAACCCGAUAUGCACCAUACGGUGCAGAGACCAACGGACCGUUUGUUCGACGUGGAAGUAUUAUCUGUCCACGAAGAGAGUUCGGCUAGAAAACUUGGUUCUUCCUCUCCGCCAAAUUCACGGCUCAUGUCUCGCCGACGGCCCUCAAUGGCCAAUUUGACCCUCGACCCGGACACGGCUCAGAGCUCGACCCCGAUCUCUUCAUUGUUGCGUCGGCGGUCACCCCAACCAUCUCCAACCACUCCCGGUUUCAGAAUGUCCCGACGUAGCUCGGUCGCUUCAGGCACCGCCUCCCCUUCACCCUUGACGCCGCCAAGUGUUCCCGCCCUGCCAACUCUGCCCCCGAUGCCAAGUAACUACUCGUUCGGCACGCCAGGACUACGUACCAUGCCGAGCUCCGAGUUUCGCUCUCCGCGACGAGGAGACAUGAGCGAUGUGGAUGAAUUGCCGGCCCAUUCAUCCCCACGUAUACAUCGUAAAACCCAUUCACGCUCCAUCUCUGCGGGGAGCUCCAAUUCUUCGAUCAGUCGUCGUGUUCUCAAGACUUCAAGCAAGCCUUAA